AUGGAUGAAAAAUUGCUUGCUAUGCUUGCAGAGGACGAUUCAAACAUAGAUGCUUUUAAUAUAGACUCAGAUGAUAUAGAUUUUGAUGCUAUACCAAAAAAAUCUGAUUUAGAAAAGAAAAAAAUUAAUCGAAAACCAAUUAAAUGUGUAAUACCAUCAGAUUCGGAUUCAGAUCCAUUUACAAUAGACACAGCACCUCCAAGAACGGAAACAAAUACUGUCGCAGACUCGUUAAAUUCGCUUUCAAGUCCGUUUGGAAAUGAUGACUUACUAUUUUCAGACGAUUCAAAGAAAACAUCCAAUUUAAAACCAGCGGCUAAAGCACCAGAGAUCAAACCAGAAGUAAAAAUACAAGAUACUCAACCAAAACAAAUAAUUUCAGAAAAGAAAGAAAUAUUGAAACCACAAACUACUAUUUCACCUGUAAAUGAUCCAAAACCAGUUGACAACAAGCAGAAAUGGCAAACUACUACACCCGCACCUGCUCCAGUUCCUUCUAAACUCUACAAUCAAAUGUCUCCUAUUGAAGCCUUCGAAUAUUCUUUAGUUUCAUAUUUGGAGCGAGCGUCACAAGAUGCGACACAUUCAUUCUUAGACGAAUUUAAAUUCCAACUCAAUCAAGCAGCUUCUUAUGAAAAUAUUAUUUCGACAUUUCUUUCAGAUUUAAACGGGGACAUCAAAAGAAUUGUUACAGAAGAAUCAGCAUCACAACCACAACCUGAUUCUCUUACAGAAUUAAAUAAUAUUAUUAAUGAACAAUUUGCUCAAAUUAGCAAGCAAAUUCCACAUUUAGAAACCAAAAAAGAGAAUACAGAACCAUAUUCUGUAAUAAAUAACCAAAUAAAUACUACAAUUGAGGACUUUUCUGCAAAAUGUACUCCAUUAUUAAUGGAUUUGAAGAAAGAAGUGCUUCAACAGAACUCUACGUAUUUUGAUGGCACAGAAGCAAGUAAAGAAAAGGUUCUACAGCAGAAAAAACUUCUUUCAGAUUUAGAAACUUAUUCUUAUCAACAAGACGUUGAACAAGAGUAUCUUGCAAAGCGUGUACAGCGUCUAAAACAACAACAGGUUGCAUUUCAUGAGCAAUCUUUAUCUGUUUUCACUAAAGAUACUGAUGAUGAAGAAAAAGUUAUCUCUGGAGACUUGGAAUCUCUAGUUGAUGAACUCCAACACUAUAACAAUAACGAUAAUGAUAUAAUAUUCGAUGGAUAUAGUGAUUCAAUCGAUCAAAAGAUUCGAGAAUUGAUUAAUUUGAACUCAACAUUGAUUGGAGCGACGGAAAGAAUACUCCAUCUUCCUAUGCAGGCACAUCCUGAAAUGACAAUGCCAAUGCCGCAGCCAUCUGCGCAAUCAAGUUUUAUUCAAUCUUCUUCUUUCUUAAAUGAUUCACACAUGGAAUAUAGAAAUGAAGUUGUCGCUAAUGUUAGAGAAAGACUUGAAAAUCUUCGUAGAAAAGCAGAGAAAUCUGCUAAAAACACAUCUUUCAGUCAAAAUGCUUAUUAA